UCGGACAGACCAAUAAAAUCAGGGUGGCUGUGUGUGUGUAUGUUGCAUAACUGGACUGCAGUUGCUGCAGGUUCACCUCCCACACUCAGCGGUUUACCUCUUCACAAUGGCAGCUCCGAAGAAAGUCUGCAUCGUGGGUUCUGGAAACUGGGGCUCAGCCAUUGCCAAAAUCGUGGGUGCCAAUGCUGCUCAGAACUCCAAAUUUGACAAUACUGUAAAAAUGUGGGUGUUUGAGGAGAUUGUGAAUGGGCGCAAACUCACUGAAAUAAUCAACUCAGAUCACGAAAACGUCAAGUACCUUCCUGGACACAAGCUACCAGCAAAUGUGCUGGCUGUGCCGGACUUGGUGGAAGCAUCCAGUGAGGCAGACAUUUUGGUGUUUGUGAUCCCGCACCAGUUUGUGGGGAAAGUAUGUGACACUAUCAAAGGCAAGAUAAAGAGCGACGCACUGGGAAUAUCCCUCAUCAAGGGUGUAGACGAGGGGCCAGAUGGACUCAAACUCAUCUCCGAUGUGAUCCAGGAGAAGCUCGGUAUCACCAUGAGCGUCCUGAUGGGUGCAAACAUCGCCAAUGAGGUUGCUGAUGAGAAGUUUUGCGAGACAACCAUUGGCUGUAAGAAUAAAAAUCACGGUACUCUCCUGAAGGAGCUCAUGCAGACCAGCAACUUCCGAGUUACUGUAGUGGAGGAGUACGACGUGGUGGAAAUCUGUGGAGCCCUGAAGAACAUCGUUGCGGUCGGUGCUGGUUUCUGUGACGGUCUGGGCUUCGGGGACAACACAAAGGCAGCAGUGAUCAGGCUGGGCCUGAUGGAGAUGAUUGCCUUCGCCCGUAUUUUCUGCAAAGAAGGGCCCGUGUCCUCAGCAACCUUCCUUGAAAGCUGUGGUGUGGCUGACCUCAUCACAACCUGCUACGGCGGCCGUAACCGUAAAGUUGCUGAAGCUUUUGUGAGAACGGGGAAGUCGAUUGAGGAACUGGAGAAAGAGAUGCUGAACGGUCAGAAGCUGCAGGGACCAGCAACAGCAGCUGAGGUUUAUCUCAUCCUCAAGCACAAAAACCUGAUUGACAAGUUUCCCCUGUUCAAUGCAGUGUAUCAGAUCUGCUACGAGGGCCAUCCAGUCACAGAGUUCAUAAGCUGUUUGCAAAACCAUCCGGAGCACAUGUAAAGAGGAAAGAAAACAAAAAACUGAAGGUGCCUUCUUAAUGGAGAACACAACCACUUUCGUAACCUUUCAGAAAUCGAUGGAGUAUGCUCAACCGGUCACACCACAGCUGUCGUGCAACAAAAUGGUUCCAGCAAAGUGUGGGUGUUCAAGUCCAAUUCAGCCAUUUUUAUCUGGAACACUGAAUUUCCAACAUGUUUAAAGUACUUUCUUUUAUUCCCUGACGUGUACUGAAACUUGAAGGAUAACUAAUUCAUGUAACUGUCAGCUAUUUUUGCUUGAGAUGCAUGCUUCUUUUAUUGUAAAUGCGAUGAAAUCUGUCAGUUUUUAAAUCGCAAAACUAACAUAGAAAUUCAGACUUCAGAAAAUGUGACAGGGCCAACCACCCUGGGGCAAAAGGCUAUUGACAGCCUUCUGUAGAGGGAUUAAUCUUUAUGUAAUGUUUCCAUCCAGUGAACGCCUUUCCAUCACCACAAGUUAUUUAAUAAUAGAUGUAUUACCUCAUCUCGUCACAUCUCUGUAUGCUUUAAGUGUCUUACAUUAUUCACUGACAUUUCCUGCCUUGUACUGUAAAUGAAAAUACUGUCAAUUGCACAAAAACAGUUUUUAAAUGGAAAAAAGCUAAUGUGCCUUAAAGAUGCAUGGUUGCUAAGUCUUAGCAUUUUUGGUGGGCAGACCAAAAAGUUAAAGGACAAUUCUGGUUCAUUUCAGUUUGGCUUAAGUCUCAUAUUGUUUCUCUGUGGGUCAUGCUAACAAGAUGGCGUACAUCAGGACAAUUAGCCUCUAAUGUGGUUAGUAAACAUGUAAACCUGGUUAUGUUGAACAUAGCCAGACUUUCUUUGCCUUAGCUGGCUCAACACAUCCUAAAAUCCGCCAUCAAAGAGAAUGGGCAUCACAACAGGGAUAAUCUGAUUUUGUAACCAGAUGUUCUUCAUCAGGCUCUGUGUGUGUGUGUGCUGGAGUUUAACAUGUCAGUUGACUCUUCUCCACACAUAAUGGAGCAAUGGUGCACUGCCUACUUAGGUCAAGAGAAGAGGUCAUUGAGAGCUACCAAGAUUAUACAAAAAACUCAAACGUAACACAGGGGCUGCAGAAAAUUAAACCUGUAAAUUCAAGUUCAUAAUUUAAUACAUUUAAACCUUUAACAGUACCAGGGCUCGUAUCCGGGCCCAAAAGAAUUUGCCAAAAAAAAUCCAGGAUUGUUAAAGGGUUAAGCCACCCGAUGCACUCGGUCCUGCCAUACAUUAGUGCUUAAGUAUGAACCCAUUUAAAUUGCGUUUCUUCUGCACUAUGACAGCUGGGAGAGGCUCCAGUCCCACCAUGACUCUAAUUUGGAGAAGUGGUUAAGAAAAUAGCAUUCUCUCAAGUGUGUUAAGGUUUAACACUGUCCUAUAAUCAUGGAGAUAUGGAAAUCACAUCUGUGAUAAAUGCAAAGUCCGAUCAGUUUUCCAGUAUUUAUAUAUUAGCUGGCCUUCCAACUGUGUAAAUCAGGAUCAAGCAUAAAUGUACUGAAGCAUUUUCCUGAAUGACCGACAUUCCUGCAUAUACAGUUUGCACUUCUGUAACUGCACGGCUUUAUUCGUUCGUAUAACUAACGUGCAUCAGAGCAGGUUUGCUGACUCCUAGAGCACUUUGAACAUAACAUCUAAUCUGGGUUAGAGGUUAUGGUUGCAAAAGUUUAUCUAUUCAGUCAGAUUAAAAAGAUGCCACGCUCAGCAAUGUUUGAGCUACACAAACACUAAGAGUGCAAAGUUGGCAUGACUCAGAGACACAGUCACAUUAAUGGGGAAAACAAGACAGCUGAAAUAAAUUUGAAUUAGCCUUUAAACAUCCGUCCACUAUGCCAUUUGUAGCUGUGAUCCUGCCUGACCCAGUUUUCUCUCAGUUACUAAUUCAUUGUAAAUCAACAUUUCUCUGUGAAUAAAUUCAUUUGUGUCAAAUUA